AUGGCUCCGACACGGGUUCUAAUCAGAGACGAAGAGCUUGGAUCGAUAUCAGACGAUGAUGAUUCUCCAUCUGGUAAACGAUCUAAACUCGAUCGAUUCCCUCUUAGCCGAUGGGAACUCGCCGUAUCUCUCGGUGUCUUCCUCGUCUUCUCUUCUGGUCUCUUCUGUAUCUACAUCACCAUGCCUGCUGCUGAAUUUGGCAAACUCAAGCUCCCAAGAAGCAUCUCCGAUCUCCGUUUGCUCAAAGACAAUCUUGCGAAUUAUGUGAAUGAAUACCCGGCGCAGUUUGUAUUAGGGUACUGUGCGACCUACAUUUUUAUGCAGACAUUCAUGAUUCCAGGGACUAUAUUCAUGUCUCUGUUAGCUGGAGCUCUCUUUGGUGUUAUCAAAGGUGUUGUCUUGGUUGUUUUCAACGCAACCGCAGGAGCUACUUCGUGUUUCUUUCUGUCGAAAUUGAUCGGUCGGCCACUGAUUACUUGGCUAUGGCCUGACAAAUUGAGAUUCUUUCAGGCUGAGAUUGGUAAGCGUAGAGAUAAGCUUCUUAACUAUAUGUUGUUUCUGAGGAUAACACCAACUCUGCCAAAUCUAUUUAUCAAUUUGGCUUCUCCGAUUGUCGAUGUACCUUUCCAUGUCUUCUUCUUGGCCACAUUGGUUGGUCUCAUCCCGGCCGCUUAUAUAACCGUCAGAGCUGGCCUUGCUAUCGGAGAUCUCAAAUCGGUGAAGGAUCUGUAUGAUUUCAAGACAUUGUCGGUGCUAUUCCUCAUCGGGUUUAUCUCCAUACUUCCAACAAUAUUGAGAAGAAAGAAGAUAUACGAAUAG